AGCGAACGACACCGGUCCAUACGAGGAGUAUGAACUGUUCUACCGGCACUCGUCCACCAUGACAGCAGUGUACUGUGUGGCCUAUUUUGUGGUGUUUAUCGUGGGUUUGAUUGGGAACAGUUUCGUCAUCGCGGUGGUGUUCCGCGCGCCCCGGAUGCGAACCGUGACCAACUUCUUCAUCGUGAACCUGGCCCUGGCGGACGUGCUGGUCAUAGUGUUCUGCUUGCCGGCAACGCUCAUGAGCAACAUCUUCGUGCCCUGGAUGCUUGGGUGGUUGAUGUGCAAAACCGUACCUUAUAUACAGGGAGUCUCGGUGGCAGCUUCUGUUUACAGUUUGAUAGCAGUCUCGCUGGAUCGAUUUCUCGCUAUCUGGUGGCCUUUGAAGCUGCAGAUCACCAAGCGCCGGGCACGAUUCAUGAUCGUGUGCAUCUGGGUCAUCGCGCUCAGCUCAACCAUACCGUGGGCCCUGUUCUUCGAGCUGGUGCCCAUCUUCCCUGAAGCCCCGGAGAUUCAGCUGUGCGUAGAAGUGUGGCCACCGGGAACAGAUGGUGCGCUGUACUUUCUACUUGCCAACCUGGUGGCGUGCUACCUGCUGCCAAUGGUGCUUAUCACCAUUUGUUAUAUCCUGAUCUGGAUAAAGGUCUGGAGACGAUCCAUCCCCGGUGAUUCCAAGGACGCCCAAAUGGAUCGGAUGCAGCAAAAGUCCAAGAUCAAAGUUGUUAAAAUGCUUGUUGUAGUUGUUAUUCUAUUUGUACUUUCGUGGUUACCGCUGUACGUGAUCUUUGCACGGAUCAAGCUGGGGGGAGCGCUCGAGACUAGCGAAGAAGAAUUGUUGCAGAUUGCUACUCCGAUAGCCCAGUGGCUGGGGGCGUCCAACUCGUGCAUCAACCCGAUUCUGUACGCUUUCUUCAACAAAAAGUACCGGAAAGGAUUCGUCGCCAUCAUUCGAUCGAGGAAAUGCUGCGGACGGUUGAGGUACUACGAAACCGUUGCCAUCGCAUCGUCCUCGACGAGCACUAGAAAGUCGUCGCACUAUCACAACAGCACCAAGCGCCCACCGUACAGCCCAUCGAUGAAGUCCACAGACGCCGUGUCGUACAUCUACGAGGAGAAGGGCGGCCGCCGGCACCAUGCCAUCUCCAAGCAGGACAGCAACCUCUCGCGCCACAUGCUCCUCAAGCAGGACAGCAGCAUAUCGCGGCAAACGCUGCUCAAACAGGACAGCAUCGCAUCACGAUCGGCCAUACUGUAUCGACAAGAUAGCGACAAUUCCCGCCAGAUGCUGCUGAAGCAGGAUAGAAACGGCUCGCGGGACAUGUUGUCGAAGCAAAGCUCAGCAUCGGAUUCGAUUUCCCGCCAGGACAGCCAAAUCUCGUAUAUUGAGCCACGCAAAGGUAUCCUGUGCAAGCAGGACACGCAAAUAUCGUACAUUGAGCACUCCAGUGCCAGCAAAAAGUACUCGGCCUCGUUGUCCAGCCAAGACAGUGUCCUGUCGAUAAUCGAACACAAGAGACACAGACUCGUCAAGCAAGACUCUAUUUUCUCGUUCAAUGAGCCCAAAUCAGUGUACGAGAAUGCGGCGGUCGCACCACCAUCGAACAAACGCCAUCAGCUGGUCAAGCAGCACUCGGUUAUCUCGUUCGCUGACCAGAAACGUGGCGGUAGCCUAACCAAGCAGGACUCCGUCACGACCAUUCACCGGACCGGCAACGGCGACGGUCCGUACAUAUCGUCCAUCCUGAAGAAGACCGACUCGCAGUGCAGCUCAGCCUCGCCGAUAAGGAAAAAUAUUGGAUUUUUCGACGGAUAAGACGGCCAUGUGUCCGUCUAUUGUUUAUUACAUUUUCCCCUGGUUCCUGUGUUUUGUACGGAACUGAAUGACCUUCGUCCCCACGCCUGCCCAGAUGUUUAGCGUAGUGACAUAUAAGACCUAACAGUAGGGGAGGCCGAGACCAUUCGUCCUGAGUAGUCGUAUACCAAACCAACAUACAACAAGCUAGAAACCAACGUUUUAUAUUUGCCCUAUCUAGGAAUAGGGAACACUAACAAAAAAGGAAAAUCCUCGCUUCAUGUUGUACGACGGCACA